AUGUCUUCUGAGCUUACCAACAUGACCGACGAUAUUCCCAAUCAAGCGCCAGACUCCACUGCCAGCCUCAAAGUGGGCAGGAUACAGUUCGAACGCGGCAAUUCGUAUUCGCAAAUCGACGAAACGGACGGCGCAUUCACAUUCCGGACGAACAACAUCCAGCUCAAGCUGACCACCGACAAGUUCGAAUGCCUGUCGAAGUUCAAGUUCGACGGCAAACUGUCAGUGAGUAAAGUGACAUCCGGCGAAGUCGGUCAAUGGGUGCUGUGGAAUAUCGACAUGUUCGACCCCGGCAAGAUAAGCCCGUGGAUGCCGGGGAAUAUUUCCUCUUGCGGGCGUUCAGUCGACUUCUUCCUCGGUGGCCCGUGCAAGCUCUCCAAAGGCCGCGUGAACCGCUUUUACUUCGGCAUACCGCAGCACUCGGAGAUCAGACUGACAGGGCGUGUCCACUUCUUUGACCAGUGGAACGGUGAAACACUGAGCCUCAAGGUCGACAACAACGUUGUGUGGUCACGUAAGUGCAACUCAGCCAGCCCCGACAUGGCGCCGUCAGAACCUCACAACUGGUGCCCUACGCUGAGCAACGCCGACUGCGUCAGGUUCGGAAUCGACAGCUGCGGCCAGGAGUACCCCGACCGGAUAUCGGUGCAUUACGAUGUGUCGAUGCGUCACUCUGGAGGAAGCAUGGCCGUGGAGUUCAGCAGUUCCCUGGAGACCGACCCGUGUGAGGCAUCUUGGGGCAUAGACGACGUGGCCGUGUAUAUCCGUUAG